AUGAGCGAGGAGCCCCGCUCGCCCAGGCCUCCGCCGUUGAGGAGGAGGAGGGGCCUCGGUUUCAAUGGAGGCGGAAGAGGGACUGAGAGAGGCAGGCAGGAGAAGCGCCCCCGGGAGGGAGGCAAGGGAGGAGGGACCCCCCUCUGGGCCAGGAGCAGCUGGGAGCUACUCCUCCUCCUCCUACCCCCCUUGGAGGGGCCAAAGUGGGGCUCCCCCAGAAGCCCUGCAAGGCUCCCUCCUUGUCGCCUCAGUCUCUUCCUCCUCCUCCUCCUCCUCGCCUUUAAAAGGCUGCAGCACAGUCCCUCCGUCCUGCUCCUAAGUCCACGGCCACCUCACGCCGCCUUCUUGCUGCUCUUGCUGGACGACAUUAAUUCUGGCAAUGCUGUAUAUUAUGAUGGUUGUUGUUGUCAAAGCCAUAACCAUGAAAAGGGAGCCAUCAGGAAGGAGAGCAAUGGACACUGUGUUGAGGUGAUUUGGAGCUGGAUCGAUAAGGCACCAGAGGAUCAACAGCAGCAGCAGCAGCAAAACCACGAUUCAUGGCCACCUUCACGACUUUGCCUUUCGUGCCCAAUGCUGAGAAGGAACAGGGACCAGCCGCCUCAAGAGACCUCUGCCACCUCUGGCUGCAUCGACACUGGAGAAAUAACCCAGUUUGACACCACUUUCACAGCCCUGGUUCAAGGCUAUGUAAUUCUGGGAGUUGGUGCUUGUUGUGGGGCCCUGCUUUGCUCCGCUCUGGCCCCCACAACAAACUCCAACUCCUAGAAUUACAUAGCCUUGAGCCAGACAAAGAGUUAAAGCGGUGCCAAACCAGGUUAUUUCUCCAGUGUGGACACAGACCAGUGUUCUCUCCAGGGUAAGAAGUGGCCAACAUGGGCUCUGUAAUGCAUCUGUGUUAAAAUGCCUCAUUUCCAAUGGUUGUUGAUGUAACUUGCGCAGAUUUGACUCAUCUGAUAAAAGCCAAGGUUAUAUGUUUUGGCGAAACACAACCUUAAAAGUGACAUCUUUCCUGAUCGGAAAUAUUGCUGUGUUUCAUUCAAACGAGAUGACUGACUGCUCCUAUUUAAAAAACCCUACGUCCACAUUGUGGCUAUUAUUAUGCUGUUUUAAGUCUAAAGCUAAGUAUAAAGAGGUUUUCCAGGCCGCAGCCCACGAAAGAAAGAAGGGAGAUUGCGUUGAUGCUUUGUUUAAAAGUGCAAUGCUGGAGCUGUUAGUAAGAGUAACUACAGUACUGCAAUAAUCUUCCUCUCCAUAUGCCACAGUGUUUCUCUGGAAGACGAAACAAUGUGUGUUGCCAGUCUAGCAGUAUGGAGUUAAAUAUCUGCAAAGGGAAGGAUUUUCUUUUUGAAUGGAAAGUGCAGACGUUAUCUGCUUGUCCUCAGUUCUGAGUACAGAAUUACACAAUUUUGAAUGUUGGGAUUCUCUUUUAUUGCUUUUUGUGCAGCCUCCCUGUAUUGAUCACUUCUGUAUUAAUUUUCGGUACUUCUUCCCGAGGCUAAAAUGUUUCCUUUGUAUGUCAUAGAACUGUAUAAAGAUUUAAAUGUUAUUGAUAUUUUAAAUAAAGUUUUCUCUCUUUUAA